AGGAACUGAAUGCGCUGCGUGCAGUGUCAAGAACGCGGCUUCCACGAUUUAGAUUAUAUGGCUUAUACUGGCUGUAUUCAUUUUGCACGAUAGGUUAUAGCUUAUCAAAUUUGAGGAUAAAUAGCAUUAUGCUUGCUUUAAUCAUGCAUGGAGCGCAUUCAUUUUGCAAUUCCUCGACUUUGAAUUAAUACGAAGCAAAAAGACAUCAUGGUAUAUUACAUCUAGACUACAAGGCCUAUAAGUAUAUCAAAAGGAGAAAACUCCUUGAAGAAGGGUGAAUAUAUACUAGGCCUAUACAGAUUUUGUCAACAUGAUACCUGCCAUUAAUAUGGACAAAGUUUACGAGCUGAGAAAAUGGUUGCAAUCGUGCUGAUUGAUGGCAUCGAAUUGUACCCAUCGUCCUCCGCCAGUCCGGCCUGGUCUCUCUUGGAGUUCUUAUAUCAUCUUUCAGCCUUUAUUGGCAUCUUUCGUCAGUCUUUGCCAUCUACCCCGUCAAACUUCGUCAUACUUCAUCAUCCCUCUGUAUCCUUGCCUUCCGAGGAGUGAUCAGCGAAUAAAAAAUGACUGACUAAUUAAAAGUCAAGCUGCGCGGUGCGUUAUUAUUCCGUGUUAUUCUAUUUCAAUAUAAAAGUGCAGAACUCGAUCCUUUUAUUCUCACCAGUCGCUAACAUCAAUAUCGUUUUGAAAUUGGCAUUGAAGCAGAGCUACCGUUAUGAUAUGACUAUAGCCCCAUACAGAUAUUCAGUUCAAAGGCCUUAGUACGCAUCUGAUGACUGAUGUGUUCAUCGAAAUCUAUUCGGAUUCAGGAACUUAAGAUCUACCAGAGAAGCUGUGCCCUUACUGAAGCAGUGGACGUGAUUGGCAUCGUAAGUAAAUUACGAUACGUAUUUCCCCGAGGGCCUCAAUAUCCGUGGCUCGAAAAGAGUUUAAAAAAUCAUAAUGCAUAUGAUUGGUAUAAACCAGACUGUCAUCCCUGAAGUGGAUCUCAUCAUAGUAACCACGACUGGUCUUCUAACCGUCUUCGGUGUUGCUGCCAACUGGAUAAUCCUAUGCGUCAUUGCAACACAGAAACUCCUCCACAAGCGAGCCAAUGCUCUUCUUUUUAGUCUGGCCCUCCUAGACUUCUUAACUUGCGCCCUUAAUGGCCCUUAUUCCAUCAUAACCUUCUUCAAGAACACCCCCUGGCCGAGUUUCACUGUAUGCCGUGGAAUGCUAACCUACGGCCUGGCUUCGUCGUUGACCUCCUGUCUCUUCAAUGCGCUCAUCUCAAUCAAUUGCCUCCACGGAAUCCUGACGUCGAAGAAUGGCUUGGUUUAUACUUGGAACCAAGUUCUCGUCGUUGCAAUGACUGUUCUGGGUUGGGUGGUGUUCAUCACGUUUGUGUUAGCCCCACUUUACUUUCUCCAUGAGGUCACCUUCCAACCCCGUCUUGGUGUCUGUUACAUCAACGAUGGCGACAAAACGCUCCCCUUCGCCAUAGCAGUCUUCUCCGUGACAGCCAUAUCCUGGAUCAUCUCCUUAAUUUGCUACUUGAAGAUUGUCAACAUAGUGCGCAUCUCUGCCCAUCUUCGAGUCGCAGCCGUAACAAGCAUCGAACCAGUUCCGCAGAUGUACCAACUCAACGCAAGGAAUCGCUAUCUCUUUAAGCUGGUGCAAACUGUCUUCAUCACAUUUUUGUUCUACAUCGUGUUUUUCAUACCUCUCCUGAUUGUUGAAUUGCUCUACCGAUCUGACUUUAACCCGCACUAUCUUCUCUACAGGACAGCCUGUCUCAUUCUCUGGAGCAGUUCUGUUCUGAAUCCGUACAUCUAUAUCUAUAGACUGAAGAACAUCCGCAAAGCCAUUGUGAAUAUACUGUCAUGUGGUUACAGAAUGGACAGCUAGGCUGCAUAAAUAUAUAUUUAUACAUAUAUAUAGGAAUUGUCCUCACCUCUGGUCUACCAAUGGUUUCGCGCCUCGGUGACAGGCGAUAUAUAUAUUAUAUAUAUAUAUAUCAUAUAUAUAUAUAUAUAUAUAUAUAUAUAUCAUAUAAACAUACAUACAUCGGUUGAGACUAGACAAACAUUGGACUUUUAAUAGACUGAAACCUUGUGGAUAUGACUUUGAUGCUAAAAGAUUGAGAUUGAUAUGAUUUAGAAGUUAAUCAUUAGGAUUAUAGAAAUAGAUUAAAUUAUCGGCGGGUCACUAUUAACAACCGAUCUGAAAUUAUAUCAAACACUUGUAUUACUCAUAAUGGCUUAUGACAUGUACACUUAAAUAGCAAAAUGUGAGCAUAAUAUAUAAUCCCCUAUAAUAUGUAAAUAAAAUCACCUUUUCUCAGUUAUUAAAAGCAUCUUUAGCAAAAUCAUGAAUCACUUCUGUGUAAAAAAAAAAUAGUGUCAAAUCCCACAUAAUUAUAAUCACUUAUUGACGGGAAAACUGUCGCGUUUAAUUCGGGAUUGCCUGUUGAAUAGAAUGGAUGAGAAAUAUUCAUAUCCUGAAAUAAACAAAAUUUAAUUUAAAAGAAAUGUUUUUUAAAUAAAGUAGAAUAAAAGAAAUCUGCGUAUGAAAUAAUUUUCAAUGAUUUUUUUUUGCCAACUGUUGUUUGUUUAUAUUGGAUGAAGAAUGUGAAGACGAUCAUUCCAUACAAGAAACUUGAACCCGGGUGAGUGUUUCAUAAAGUUGUUUGUAAGUUACAAUUAUAAAAUAUCAUGCCAGCGACUUUAAGAACGACUGGUGAUCCUUUCUUGUGGUAAAUGAUAUUCACCAUUAAUGUUCAUUGACAAUUAUCUAGCGCGUAGGAAAGGUUCAUCGGUCGUUCUCAAAGUCGCUCUUAACUUACGAAGAGCUUCAUGAAACAGCCCCCUGGUGUAUUAAAAAACAUUUAUUUAUCCAGUUUAUUUAUUUGGCUUAUUUUAUAAUUGUAUGUAUUACCUGUUGUAAGAAAUAUGUUCUCUAUUGUCUCGUGUUUAUCUUUCUAUACCGCUUGCUACCUACAACCGGUUUUCUUCCAAUUCUUUGUCCCCCCCCGCGCCCCCCCCCCUGCUCUCUCACACACUCUCCUCAGACUCCCCUCUCUCUCCUGACUCCCCCGUCCUCUCUCUCUCUCUCUCUCCCUCCUAUCUCCUUCUCUUAUAUCAAUUUUCUCCCGACUCUCUCUCUCUGUAUUUCCAUCCUUUAUUUUUUUCUCUUUCUCCUCAUUUUUCUUUUGUAAAGUGCAAAUUCCGUUGAUACUUCUAAAUAUUUGAUAAAAGUAAUAUGUAUUGUGAAUUUGUUGUAGGUCACCUUCUGUGUAUUAUUACUACAAUUCAGAAUUUCUGCUAUCGUAAUGUAUUUUAAGCAUUUUAUGUUGAACUCUGUAAAUCAUGACUUGUAAUUAGUAUCUGCUUGUUUGAGAUUUCGAUGAAUAAAUACCAUAAAUACCAAUAUUAUGACAGCCAUUCUUAAGCUUAAAUGGGUACCCCGGGCUGAAAUAAAUCGAACAGAUAAAGUAAACUUAGACAAACAAAUAACUGACAAUUUCAUCAAAAUCGGACAAGGAAUAACAAAGUUCUGAUUUUUUUUU